UUCACAGAGAAUGGUCUACCCCCGUCAUAUGUAAACUUUUCAAUGGAUAUUAAUAAUGAAAAGCCACUCAUCAGUAGAGUGGGAGAAAUGGUGAGAUUCGUAGUGGACGUCCAGUCAUUCCCAGACUUUGAAUCCGUACAACUAUUUUGGUUUAAAAAUGAUAUUCAAAUCGAGAAGAAUCACAAACAUCUCGUGACUGGUGUUAAAACUGACGGUCAGUUUCCACAAACAUAUUUAGAGAUUAAGAGUAUUGAACUCGAGGACAGUGGCACUUAUAUGCUGUUGGGAAACACGAGUGAUAUGUCGACAAACAUAACAAUGCAGUUAUUAGUGAGCGGUUCCCCUGCUAUUAAAAUGAUGAAUACCGUAGAAUUCUAUGAAAUAAACAAGGUCUACGAAUUAGAAUGUAUAGCCAUUGGUUACCCUAAAUCGGAGAUCUGG